CUCGUGCGACUGGGCGUUCAGUCGAAAAACAAAAAUUCGAACAAUUGUGCGAGUGCGUGGAAUUAUCGUCGUGAAAAAUGUUGUUUGCAUUGUUGCUGGGGCUCGCGAUCGGAGGAAUCUCUGAAGCCGCACCGGUUUUCUUGAUCGCCCAACCAGCGACACCUUACGCCCACCCUGGCGUUCUCAAUAAUGAUGCUCUGGAAGAUGCACUCCCGGAUGAACUGCGAAAUAAUUUCUACAAAAAUCCAGCUAUCGCCGCUGGUCUCGCCAGGGAAUCGUGGCUUACUCCCAAAGAAACACAAGUGAUUGAUCGUGAAGCCGACAAGAUACCACGUCACAAGAUCUUCGACGUUCUGCAUAACGCUGGCUUGGCAUAGAGGAAACAUUCGAUCUCACCGAAGCAGCAUCAUUUUCAUUAUUCAUUGAGCAUCGAGCUGACCCAUUAUCAAAUAAAUCAUAUUUGUUAUUUAUAUAUCGCGUGAUAUAGAGUCAUCGACUCAAUAUUUAUUGUACAUAUAAAAGAGUGAUAAAGAAGAAAAAAAAUGCAAAAGUUCCUUACCAUUUGCCUCCAA